CCCUCCUAACCCCUUUUUUCUGGUUCCAUCCCUAUGCAGAAUCACCGCAACCGGUUGUUGAGAUUGGCAAAGUGCUUGUCUCCUAAGGUAGUGACACUGGUUGAGCAAGAAUCAAACACCAAUAACCUCCCAUUCUUGCCGCGUUUCGUCGAGACAAUGAACUACUACUUGGCAGUUUUUGAGUCAAUUGAUGCCGCUCUUCCAAGGGAGCACAGAGAAAGGAUCAAUGUGGAGCAACAUUGCUUGGCACGAGAAGUUGUCAACUUAGUGGCAUGUGAAGGAGCAGAAAGAGUGGAACGCCAUGAGCUUCUGAAGAAGUGGAGAUCGCGUUUCGAAAUGGCUGGAUUCACACCAUAUCCAUUGAGCUCCUUUAUUAAUUGUUCAAUAAAGAAUCUUCAGGAAAGCUACCAAGGACAUUACACUCUAGAAGAGAGAGAUGGUGCUCUAUGUCUAGGGUGGAGGAAUCGUGUUCUUGUUUCCUCUUGUGCUUGGAGAUGACAAUCCAAUGACAACAACAAAACAGCAACAACAACACAGGUUUUAUCCCACUAAGUGUGAUCAGCUGUAUGAAUCACUUGAUCCAUAUUAAAGAUACAACCAGUUUUACGCUGCCGCAGGCCUAACACACAUUCCUCCUUCACUCAGGCUUAGUUGUCAUUGCAGGCUUUUAGUUAGUUUAUGUAUCAUAAUUAUAUCUCGUUCCCCAAAAUUCAUCAUGUCAUACUCAAAUUAUUCUCUAAUUUGUAACAGAGCAUAUUAAGUUUUAUUUCAUAAUGUCAGUACAAG